GCACAUUGAAGGUGUUACGCAUAUCACCGAUAACGAGCUCUGCGUUUUGAAAAAUCUGCUUACGUGAAGGUGGUAAUUUAUGCAGUACUUAGAUAUUGGGUAAGGUCUUCAUUAACCAUAUAUCAUUGUUUAUCAUUAAUUCAAUUAGAAUUUGAAUGCGUAUAUAAAAGGGGUAAACUCCCUUUUCUAGUUCAGUUGCCGGACACUAUCGUGUUUCUGACGUUUAGAGGCAAAACGCUCCGGAUAUGAACAUCUUAUAUGCUAGGUGAGAACAGACCUUACCUUUUGAGUGAUCCUGUCUGUAGCAUUCAAUAAGACAUGGCGAGCGACUCCUGUGUAGACAUGGAUCCGGAUCUUGCACGGAGGCUGUUUGAGGAAGGAGCUACCCUGGUCCUGCUGGGUGUUCCUCAGGGUACAGAGCUCGGGAUUGACUGCAAAAGUUGGCAGGUGGGUCCUCGGUUCAAGGGAGUAAAGAUGAUACCUCCAGGUCUCCACUUUCUCAGCUUCUGUUCCGCUAACUCUCCAAGCUGUGGUGGAGAGAUUGGUCCCAAAUCAGGCCUCUUUCUCAAUCUUAAGUCCAAAGAGAUCCUUGUGGCUCACUGGGACCCCAAAGAGGAGGAUUUGGAUUUCUCAGCCUCCAAGAAUGACGAGGAGGUGAACCGGAUCCGGGACACAUUGCGAGAGCUGGAUCCCUACCUGGGUCCUUAUCCAUAUGAGGUGAUGAGGAAAUGGGUUUCCCUCACAGACCAGAUCAGCCAGGAGCUGGCUGUGAACCUACAGCCUCUCUCAGGCCGAGUUUGUGCUUUUAGCGAUGUCAUUCCUGAGCUGCAGUUAAGACACACCAAAGACCGGGCAGAGCAGCCGAGGAAUGACACAGCCUGUCAAAGCAUGAGGGAGGGACUGGACAGGCUUCCAAAGAUGAAACAAAGGGAAGGAACAGAGUUACGCUUCUCGGUUAUUCCUGAGAAGAACUACCCUCCUGGAGCUUCUCCUGCAGAGAUCACCCGCUGCAGCAUGGACCUGAGUUACUCCUUGGAGACCGUGCUGAAGAAGAGCUACCCUGACCAACCGAUCAACCUGCUUGGUGAGCUGCAGUUUGCCUUUGUGUGUUUCUUGGUUGGAAACGUGUACGAGGGCUUCGAGCAUUGGAAGCGCCUCAUGGCUCUGCUCUGCCGUUCCGAGGAGGCCAUGAGGAAGAGGAAGGAGCUCUACCUGGGGCUCAUCACUGUGCUCUACCACCAGCUUGGUGAAGUACCCCCUGACUUCUUCGUUGACAUCGUUUCACAGAGCAACUUCCUCACCAGCACUCUGCAGGAUUUUUUCCAGUUUGCCACUGGGCCUGGUGUGGACAGCACCCUGGGUAAGAAAGCAGAGAAGUUCAAAGCUCACCUAACCAAGAAGUUUUGCUGGGAUUUUGAUGCAGACUUGGAUGACUGUGCUCCGGUGGUGGUGGAGCUGCCUGAAGGCGUCACAGUGGACUGAAACUUUUCUCUCCUAAAAAUGUAUUGCAUCAUUUUUUCUGCUUAGUAUUGUUUAUGUCAUGUAAAAUCUAUGAACAGAAUGCACAUUCUGUAAGCUUAAUGUUGAAAAGGCAACAUGUCAUUGAGUUAAAUGUAUUCUUAUAGACUUAAUACAUGGGAAAAGAUGCCUUUUCAUCAUGUUUAAUGUCACUUUCAGAAAUCAUCUCCUUUUAAGUUGGAUAGUAUAAUGUAGAAAUUUAAACAUGUGUCAACACCUUUUAUGAAUAAAUAUUAAAUUGGGGGGGGGAUGCAUUGCAAUAUGUCAAAAUGGAUGAAUAGUUACAAAUGAAUCUCGGUGUAUUGGGAUCUUUUUGGUAACCAUUAUAUAAACUUGUUACUAACAGAAUUUUUCCAGCUUUUAUUUCUAAAAAUGUGUAUAUUGCCUUACAGCUAAUGAAAGGCUGACAUUCAUUUUGUCAGACAGUGAGGUUACUUUAAGACUUCUGCAUUGGACUCUUAAGUCCAAUGCAGAAGCUGUCAAUAGUGCUGCUACCCUCAGGUUUAAGGGGGAACUGCCUGUUAUGACAAAUAAUAAAAAAAAAAUAAUUAAAAGAAUUCCUGCAUCCAGAUAAUGAUGUGAGUCACCACCAACAUUUAGUGGAUUGUUCCUUGGAUCGAGGUGCACCUUUGGUAACUAUUUCAUUAAAAUUCCUUCAAAAAUGUUCCAGUUCUCCUGUAGGUUACACAGACAGACAAACAUCAAACACACACAAACUGGACUAAAACGUAACCUCCUUCUUUGUGAGGUUUAUUUGUGGUUGGCAAACAAUUUAAAUGUGCAUUACCUCCACCCACCAGUAUGGAUUGUGGAACAAAAUGAGAGGAUUCUAGCCAAUAUAUUUACCUGCUUUACUUUAUAUCCUAAAUAUAAAAACUGAAUAUCCUCUGUCUUUUUCUGACAUAACUACCGUACUAUUUAU